GUACAAACCUGCAGAUAGUUGUUCUCUCAUUCUGUGUACUGUAUAAUGCUCAGACAGAUAAAUGUUCAUUUUAAUUCAUUUUUGUAAUAAUUGCUUGGAGGCAUUGCUUGGCGUACCCUUAAGAUAUGCUCUGUAGUGAAAAAGUUGCGCUUUGAUAGAAGACGUAUUUGGCUUAGAUCAUUUGUUUAAACUUAUUCUCAGUAAGCUGCUGACAUGUAAGAUGGAUCUGCUGUCUUCAGGACUGGUGGUUUAUUUAUAGAAACAGAGAUGACUCCAGUGUGGGGUGAUUAAGGAUAAACUCACAGCCUUUUUUAAAGGUUUAACAAGAUUUAAUGACACAAUGACCCACUUCCUGGCCUGCAUGUUCACAUUGCUUCAAUUAUGCCUGACAACCUCUAAAGCAAUACUUUCUCCUCCAAAGAAUCUGACUGUGGAAAUAUUGGAUUUUAAGGCUACAGUUGAAUGGCUUCCUGGACAAGGAAAUCCUCCUGACACUAGAUAUACCUUGGAGUUUAUAACUGCACAAAAAAUGGCUGGAGGAAAGUGGAAUCGCUCUGCAAACUGCACUAACAUAGCCGUACUAAAAUGUGAACUUACGUUUGAUUGGCAACCAAAUGAGCUUCACUGGAAUUAUUUUGUGAGGGUCCAGGCAACAUUUAAAGGGACAAGCUCCAACUGGACAACUACAACAAAGUCUUUCCAGCCAUAUGGAGACACACGCCUGAGUUCCCCAGAUGUAAAAAUCUCAGCUGAACAAAAGUCCAUUACAAUUAAUUUUAGUCACUGGCUGGAAUCAAAACCAGAGGUCAAACCACUGGAAUACCUGCUGUAUCUUUUCGAGAACAGUCCUGCAGAGGAAUCAAAGUUUGUAGCACUGAUAUCAUCCUCAGAGUCUCCCUACAUUUUCCAUGAUAUGCCAUCUGGCAAGAACUACUGUGUCAGUGUUUCUGCAAGUCAUCAACAAGUCUUGAAGAGCAACAGUUUCAACACCACCAAAUGUUUGUUUCUAUCAGAUUCUGCUAGAAGCUUUGUGCUACUGCUGUGCAUUGUGGCCAUGCUGCUGAUUGCUUUUUCAACGGCGAUUGUUUUCCUUUUUGGAUGUUUUCACCACAUGAGGCUUAUAAACAAGAUUUAUCAGAAGCCAGAUUCAUUGAUUGUUAUUUCAAAACCUAUAUGGGUCCUAAAACAAAACCCUGUGGUAACCCAGCCAAUUACCGUGGCCCAUCCAAAAGAAGAUAACUCAGAGGACUAUUUUUCUUCAUCAGAGGAAGACUACAAGGAUGGCCCUCUGUUGUAUCAUUCGAGAGAAAACCUUACAUCAUUGAUGGCCAGUGUCGACCCACCAGAGCAAGCUGAGGAGGCUAAGACAUACAAUCAGUACACCCUAGCUAAUGAUACGGUAGAUAGUGACGAAAACGUAAUAUCGGAAAAAGAUGAUGACAGUAUGCAUCCAGAUAGUGAAUCUGGAUCUUUUUGUGCUUGUACUUCAAAAUGUUCAGGAUUAUCCAGAACACUAGAAACGGUUACUGUGAACAUGUCUGUGAACUCAGAGAUUGAUGGAUAUUGUGCAGAAGAAACUCUUCCGUGUUCUUCUGGCAGUGACUGUGAAAGAGAAGUGCUUGCUGAGGAGGAGGAGGAGGAGGAGGACUUCUUCUUUCCUGAUUCCUUCUCAGACAGUGGUUAUGAACCAAGGCAUCUGUAUUUAUGAACUUCCAAAUCUCUACUAACUAACUCUUAAAGAGGAUCUACAUAUGCUGAACAUAUAGUCUGCAAACAAAUUCAAGCAAAAAAUGUUCCACCUUAAAUGUUCCACAUGAGCCAUGCAAGUAGACAUGCAAAACUCAGAAUAUCUACUGUACUGAGCAGAUGCUGAUGUAGAAACAAAAUCUGGGAACUGUCCGUUAACAUUCCCUUUUGUCUCAAUAGCACAGUUUUUUUUCCUGCAAGAACUCCCUCCUGCAUCAGGAACUCUUGGAUCUUCCAGAUAUUAUGCUCUGUACACAAAGAUCUCUUUAGACUCUUAAGCUGAGCUCUGUAUGGUAGAACAGAAGGAGCUUUGGACCUAAACGUUGUUGCCCAGUUGAGGUACUGUGGAAAUGUGCCUACUUCAGGAGUAAGUUGAAACUACACAUUCUGCAGCAUGUUACUGUGAAUCACAUGGCUAUCAGUCUAGUCGAUAAAUGGCCAUUCAGACACUAAAAACAGACUCCAGGUGCUACAUGAAGCAAUUUAAGAUGUAGUGCAAUACCUGACUGACCUGAAGUAGUGGACAAUUUAAAUUCUAAGUGUAUUCUAUAUUAUGCAAAAUACAUACCAUAGUUCUGGUCUGAGACCACUAAAGUGAAAAUCUCUCUAUAUAUAAAGAUGAAAAUUACUAAUAAACAACUGCUAAAUGGUAAAUGGUGGUCAUUCCAAAAAUUCGGUUUACAUAAUAUAACUUAACUGUUAAACAAUAACAAAAAAAAACUAUUAAAGGAGAAGUUCACUUCCAGAACAAUAAUUCACAUAUACUGUACUCACCGCCUUGUCAUCCAAGAUGUUUGUGUCUUUCUUUUUUCAGUCGUAAAAAAAAAUGUUUUUUGAUAAAAACAUUUCAGGAUUUUUCUCCAUAUAAUGGACUGCUAUGGUGCCUCGAUUUUGAACUUCCAAACUGCAGUUUAA